AUGUAGCUGCCGGCCUGUGAGUGGGAGGACGAGGACCAGGCGAGCAUGGGGACCAUGUCCUCCAUGGGCAGCUUUUACCAGUCCGGGAGCGAGUGUGAAGUGGAGGAGAACCUGAAGGUUAGGGCCUGGGCCCAGGAGUCGGCCACCGGCUACCAGUGCAGCGGCGAGUCCUCAGAAGGGCCUGCCAGCACCUUCGACUCGGACGUGCCCCACGUUGUCCCCUGCAAGUUCAUCAUCUCUCUGGCCUUCCCAGUGACCGCGGGUCACAAAGGAAAAUAUUCAAGUUUGGUUGCACAGUACAGGAGACACCCUAAAAUGGACAAACCUAUUGCAAAGGUUCGCCAUUACUACCACAUCGAGUACUUCCUCCUGCCUGGUGAUGGGGAGCCUAAAAAGGUCGAUGUGGUGGUGUUUCCAGCCUUGGCCAAAGUGUUCCUGGAUUCAGGAAUAAAGACUAUCAGGCCAUGGCAAGAAGGGGACAGGGUCUGGGUGUCGUGGACCCAAAGUUUUAACAUCAACAUGACAAAGGAGUUACUAAAGAAAAUAAAUUUUCACAAAAUCACCUUGAGGCUCUGGGACACCAAGGACAAGGUUUCGAAAAAAGCCAAGAAUUAUCGAUUAAAACCUUCUGGGUUUCUGGAAGAUGCAGGAUCUUUUGAGGAGGUGAAACAUUUGGUUUUAAGUCAGAGAAGAUCGUCUGAACAGGGCAUUCACAUCAAAGCGAAGCUGCAUCAGGACCACACACCAGGGAAGCCAGAAAAAGCAAGAAAAUGCUUCAGGUCUGGACAUGAAAAGGCAACUCUUCCCAAGACCACCAAGGACGAUGAAGAGCUGCUCAGGACGGAAGAUCUUGACACAGUACGAUGUGGUACUUCAAGACCAGUUAUUGCUUUGGGAGGGGCAACCAUGACAGAGAUGGAGGAGUUAAUUGAGAGGCCGUCAUUUAGCAGCUUAACAAACUUGUUGGAAAAGCAAACAUUUCAAAUUAAACGGAAAGAAUCAGACGCGGGGAGGAAAAGCCAGAGGAGGAGGGAGAAAUCUCGCAUGGAGACAGACUCCAGGCUGGCAGGCCACGGGAAGCAAGGCACGUUCGCCAUGCAGCUGGCGGUGAUGCCGCUCCUCGCAGGUGAAGCCAAGAGGUGCCUGGACCUCCCCCCCCGUUUAAUUUGUGCCGCCAUGGCCCUGUACAGUGACAGUUAUUGCAAGAGCGACAAACAGACUUUGAAUCCUGGCUCAGCCCUUUACCAGCAGGUCGCCUGCUUUCUGUGA